GAUGACGCAGUUCAGUGUUCGGGGUAGAGGGAGGGAGCAGCAGUGUAGGAAAAGAGGAGGAAGCAGCUAGGAUGGCGGAGUCACACCUCUGAAGUGUAUUUUGGAUGGACUAAACCAUCUUUGGCGCGCCCUGCAACCUGAAGCAACUUCUAACUAACAGACCUGGGAUUGUAUGCAGUUUUAAAGACUCAAGCAUGUGUCCUGUAGAUGCCACAGGUCACUUGCUCCGCAGGCGUAUUUCCCCCACUCUACUUUAGCAAAGGAACAAAAGUCAUGAGUAUCUAGAAAGCCUUUGGGUCGGGGAGACCUUCUAUUCAAAGUGUAACCCUAAAUGUGUCGGCCUGCAUGGGGAUGUUUAUUUUUAAAGCUUCCUUGACUAUCGGCGUCCCUUUGUUUCUUAACAAGUAAGCUAACCAGAGAGAAUCCCAUGCCCGUCUCCGCUGGGGUGCUGAUAUCGUCAACAUGAGUAGUACUUUAGGCAAGGAAAAAGAUUCGAAAGAAAAGGACCCCAAAGGCGGUCCGGCGGGUAAAGAAAGGGAAAAAGAGGCCAAGACUUUAUCCAGCUUAGUCAAAGACGGCGGCAAAGAAACAAAGACCAAAGGGAAAGAUGCCAAAGAAGGAAAGAAGGACACUAGCAGCUCAACACCGGGUGUUGCCUUCUCCGUUGACAACACGAUAAAGCGGCCAAACCUAGCGCCGCCGCGCAAGAAAUCCAGCAAUGCAGAGGUCAUCAAAGAGCUCAAUAAGUGUCGGGAGGAGAACUCAACGCGGCUGGACCUCUCCAAGCGGUCCAUUCACAUGCUGCCCACCGCUAUUAAGGAGUUGACUCAGUUGACAGAACUCUAUUUAUACAGCAACAAGCUCCAGAGCCUACCGGCUGAGGUGGGCUGCCUGUCGGACCUGGUCACUUUGGCCCUCAGCGAGAACUCCCUGACCAGUUUGCCCGAUUCCCUGGACUCCCUGAAGAUGCUCCGGAUGCUCGACCUGCGGCACAACAAGCUCAGAGAGAUACCGCCCGUCGUCUACCGGCUGACCUCUCUGACCACGCUGUACCUGCGCUUCAAUCGCAUCACCACAGUGGAGAAGGACAUCCGCAACCUGUCCAAGCUCACCAUGCUCAGCAUCCGCGAGAACAAGAUUAAACAACUACCAGCAGAAAUAGGGGAGCUAUGCAGCCUCAUUACCCUGGAUGUUGCCCAUAAUCAGUUGGAACAUCUACCAAAGGAGAUUGGAAAUUGCACACAAAUAACCAACCUUGACCUGCAGCACAAUGAGCUCUUGGACCUCCCAGAGACUAUAGGCAAUUUGGCAAGCAUAAAUCGUUUAGGACUGCGGUAUAAUCGAUUGUCAGCCAUCCCCAAGUCAUUAGCCAAAUGUCGAGAACUGGAGGAACUUAACCUCGAAAACAACAACAUUUCAGUAUUGCCAGAGGGCCUGCUGUCGAGUUUGCUAAAUCUGACCAGCCUUACACUGGCGAGGAACUGCUUCCAGUCGUACCCUGUGGGUGGGCCAUCCCAGUUCUCCACUAUUUACACCCUCAACAUGGAGCACAACCGUAUCAACAAGAUCCCGUUUGGCAUCUUCUCCAGGGCCAAAGUGUUGAGCAAGCUUAACAUGAAGGACAACCAGCUAACGGCUUUGCCGUUGGACUUCGGCACAUGGACCAGCAUGGUUGAACUUAACCUGGCCACUAAUCAGCUGAAUAAAAUCCCAGAAGACAUCUGUGGGCUUCUCUCUUUAGAGGUAUUAAUACUAUCCAAUAAUCUUCUGAAGAAGCUACCGCACGGUAUUGGAAGUUUGAGAAAGUUGCGAGAACUUGACUUGGAGGAAAACAAGUUGGAGUGUCUACCGCACGAAAUCGCUUACCUUAAAGAUUUACAGAAAUUGGUGUUGACAAAUAAUCAGCUGACUACAUUACCAAGAGGCAUCGGUCACCUCACCAACUUGACUCACCUCGGUUUGGGAGAGAAUCUGCUGCAACACCUUCCCGAGGAGAUCGGCACACUGGAGAACCUGGAGGAACUGUACCUCAACGACAACCCCAACCUGCACAGCCUCCCGUUUGAGCUGGCCCUUUGCAGCAAGCUCUCCAUCAUGAGCAUCGAGAACUGUCCGCUCACCCACCUGCCGGCUCAGAUCGUGGCGGGAGGCCCCUCUUUCAUCAUCCAGUUCCUGAAGAUGCAGGGACCCUACCGUGCCAUGGUCUGAGCCGAGAGCAGCUUAGCGCCGCGUCAAGCGCAACUCCAAAACCCCCUCGGCUUUACGCUGCGCCCCUUUGCCUGCUUGCCCUCCCAUUGUGUGUAUCAUACACUGUAAAGAAAACAGACUCGCUACAAUCAGUGUUGGGGGGGACACAUGACAACGGGGGGGGGGGGGGGGGGUCGAGGCACAAGGAUCACGUUUUGUUCUCAGUCCUCUGGCGGAAAUGAAAGCAAACCUUUGGAGACUUCUGAUCCCGGUCAUUUAAUGACCCCGGCCACCAGAACCCGCUCGCGUUUCAUUCCGACUCCUAAAACGAGGGGAAAAAAAACCCCUCCAACGUGUUUGCCAAAACUGAAGAUAUAUAAAGUUUUAAUAUAUCGAGUGACUGUGAGCUCAGAGGCGAGUCCCUCGGCUUUUUAAACCAUAAUCCCAUUGCCAAUGUAUUUACAGUAAUUACAACAUCUAUUAUGUGAGCAAGGAUACAAUUGUAUGCAAAAACACAAAAACAAGUCUUUGGAACUUCUCAUUUACUGCUGCUGCUGUAAUUUUAAACUCUGUCAUCUUAGACUUUUGUUUUCUUUUUUCUUUUUUUUUUUCUUUUUUACAUAAUCUUUCCUGGUCAUAACUUAUGUUAAUUGUUCCUUGACCCUAAAGAACAAAGGUCUAAUGUUUUUUUCUUUUUCUCCUUUUUUUUUAAUUUUUUUUGCCUUUUUUUUAAAUGUUUCUUUUUUCUUUUAUAAACUGUGCCUAUGUUUAGAGUGAUCCGGUGGCUCAUUUCUAAACACAAUUCUCCAUGAAAUACAAAGACAUAAAUUAUUUCAAUAGUGUUUUUUAUUGCUACUGUGUUCACUUUUUGUUUUUUUUUAGGUGUACCCGUGAUGACGUCGUGUCAUGCUAAAGCGAUAACGGUUGUAAAAUAUGAAGAUCCUUUUUAACAAACGGCAGCAGUAUGUGUUCAGCUUUGAGCCUAGUCCUCUAUACGUAUGAUAAAUGCCAAUCACUUGUCUGUGGAGAGGGACCGCUGGGGGGGGGGCAACUUGGACUUCUCGUCUGGAGUGAGGCGGCUCCUGCUAGGUAUUGGGAAAGGUCAUGAAACGUACAUAGGUGAUGAGAUAAACGAUAGAUGUUUUAUACAUUUAUACAAUUUCUGGUCGUUGCCUUGGGUGCAAUUAUUUUUUUUUUUUAGUUCUGUUUACUUGUUUGAUAUCUCCAGUGUUGGACUUCUUGGCCGUCAUCCAGUUGAUCAUUGACCGACAUAUCGAGCGUUUAUUGAAAUACGUUUUUUCUGAGUCUCUGGAGCAAGUUGGAGAGUGUCGGAGCUCGGCAAAGAUUUGAUAAUAAAACAUUGACGGGUAACUCAUCCAUUUUUUUUUUUCUUUUUAAAUUCUUUUAGUCUCUCUUUUUUUUUUUGUGACAGGGUGUCAUGCGCUUAAACACACAACUUAAAGUACUCUCUUGACUCAUAUCAGUUUGAUUAUUUAAAGAUAUCGUUUGUGCCACACUGUCCCAGCAAUGCUGCUGCUUUCAUGCACUUUUAUUAAAAGAUAUUGGCAUCCUCUGUAUUGAGGCGGGCACACAAAAGCCCCCCCCCCCCCCCCCCCCCUUCUCUCUAACCUCGGGGGGCAUUUUUACUUUCUCCCCCCUUUUUAAAUGGUUUAUCAUGUAAAUUUGUAUCAAUUAAAUAUAAAUGUUGAGUUUUGCGGUCUCCGGAUUUACAAGUAACUUUGGUGAAAUUGAAUCCUGUCGAUUUAUUAAAGGAUCUUUGUUGUCUUGGGCUGUAAAAAAGAAAAAAAAGGAAAAAAAAAAAGUUUUUAAAACUCCCAUAUCCUGCUUUCUCCACUGCUUGGAAAAAUGGCUUAUUGCAUUUAAAAGGAGCAUUGUGUUAAUUUUAAAUACAAUUUCACAAAGUGUUUUUUUUUUCCCCCCACCCUCAAUGAUUAAAUGUAUAUUAAGUUAGUAUUUUUUAAUUUUUUUUUCAAGUGACUGUACAUUAAAAAUCCCUACAAAAGGUCAUUAUUUGGAUACGUGUUUCUCCCCAGUUCAUCAGGUCGUAUUUGGGUUUUUUUUGUGUUGGAAGGGGUCCUGGGGUCCACCCUCCUCGCAGCGGCUCGCUGUUUUAGCGGGCCGGGCUCGUCGAGAGGUUGCGUCAGAUGUGGUGGGAGGGGAAACAAAAAAAAACAAUGAGACGCUGCUUCUAACUUUACCAGCAGAACCUGUUGCUGCUUUUCAUUGACUCAACCGUACACGGAUCAGGCUGACGGAGGAGACGGGACUAAAAGAUCCACUCCCCAACGCUGAUGCUUCACCUGGCCACCUGCCCAGGGAUUGGCCGCUUUUGAUUUUUUUUUUCUUUUUUUUUAACGGUGGGCCUCGGUGGGUUAAACAGAUCAAAUUGUUCGGACACGAAGCAACACAACAAAGGUGCAUAUUUGAGCUCAAAACGCAGUUCUAGUACAAGACUGUCGAGAAAAAAAAAGAAAAAAAAAGACAGAACAGUUGUAAAAAGGGCUUUCUGUGUUCACGCUCAACAACACCAGAGGCAUUGCAUUCCUGGGUUUUAUAUAAAAGCUUUGGGAGUUUCUUCUCUCUUUUUUUUCUUUUUUUUUUUCUUUUUUUUUGUGUGUGUAUUUAAGCUGUGUGGAAAAAUGCCUUCAAGUACUCAACAGUGAGAUGUGCAUUAGGUAUGCAGCGUGAGUGCUGUGACCCGUUUUUAUUUUUUAUUCAUUCUCUAGCUUUUUUUUUUUUUUCUUUUUGGUUUUUCUCACGUGCCAUGCUGCGACACGUUGAAGACCCAGGACGGCUGGCGGGGGGGAAGCGGAACGAUCGACCGGAGACCAUUUGUCUGAUUUUGUCUCACUCAAAGUUUGCUCAUUUUAAAUGAUGUGACGGUGUUUUGCAUACCGGUCCGCCCCAAAAUAAGUGCGAGUGUUUCUUUUUCUAUUACAGAAUCAAGUCAUUUUAGCCCAUUCUGCUUAGUUUAUUUUUUUUUAUUUGGUUCCUGCAUCUUGCAACUUCACAUUUCCUCGCCUGGUUCCUUUUGUACAGGCAACAAGCAUGUUGGAACACACCUGACAUGGUCUGUCCGCCCGGUUCACAGUCGGGCCCUGUUGCUUGGAGAACUUAGUGGCUGUUCGGUGUACCGGCAAAUGCUCCCUUUUUGUAUAUCGCAAAGGGUCUUGAAGCAUUGUGCCAAUGCUUUUCCUACUUAAUCUACAUUGACAAGCAGCCUUAAUGGUCUUUUUUUUUUUUUUUUUUUUUUUAAUGUGUUUGGCUAAUUCUCGUGUCUAUGGCCACUGACUGUACUUGAUGACAAGCAACUGGACGUUACAAUGUAAAUUUUAUUCUAGUUUUCCCCUCUGUCUUAUCAUUUUUGUUUUUUUCUUUUACUCUGUACAGUAAUCUGUAGACUCGGUAUUACAAAAUCUGUUAUGUGAAGAGUUUUAUAAGGAAGACAAAGACUGCAUUGGAAGAUAAUGCCAAUAUGCUACAAGGUGGAUGUGCAUUAAGCUUAUGUUUCACGCGUCUGUGGCAUUAAAGGGGAAUUCCACCAAAA